AUGUCAAACCCGCCUGUGAGACAUGUUUCCUUGCAAAGGUCUCUUGUACCUUUAGUCUACCGGCUGGACAAGAGCGAAAGACUAUCCAAAGGCAGAAGCAUUCUUCCGAAGCCUGCCCGUAACCAUAUCUCAAACCCAUCACCCACUUCUACGCACAUACUUGACACAUGGAAGCUCUGUUCCGCAGUCAAAACUUUUGAGUCUCAUUUGGCAGAAUGUGGCCUUGGAAGUCCCGGCUCUGUCGAACGAACGAGCCUUUGUUCCACUGUCUAUGAGAGAACCGGCUGCAUAUUCAACUUUGAAGAAUUCUCCAAAAAAGUUGGCGAAGCUUUCAAAUCACAGCAUGCUCUACAUGCCAAGAAAGCUGAUGUUAUGACCUGGCCACCACGAAAGUUGGUCUGGCAAUGCCUAGAGUACUACUCCGCGAACGGAAUUUACUCCAUCUUCCCUAUAGUUGAUGUUCAGAUGAUGCAUCAAUUGCUUAAUGAUAAUGUUCUAGAGCAGCCGGAGAAAAAUAAACAUGCAGCCAAUCGUGCAAUUCUGGCCAUAUUUACGGCAUUCAUGUCUCGGAUUCGCCGACACGAGCCCGAGUUCCUCGAUACUGAUCCCGAUGCCUACGCACAGGCAGCACUAGGACUGCUACCUGAACUUUUGAUGGAAGAUGGUGAUAUCAGAAGUCUAGAAACAUUUCUUCUUUUGGUGAGUUAG